AUGCUCCAUCGACUUAUUGCAGUCAGUACUGUGGCUGCAUUCCUUACAGCCACCCUCUUCUGGUACUCGGACAUUCGUUCAUCUUGGGCCGCCAGAAUGUCGGAUUCUCCCAUUGAAGCUUCGGUGCCCUUUGCGGUCGAGUUGUCGACAGGAAUUGAUGCAGAAUACGAAUUUGGUUCAGUGGUAGUUCACAUCAAGAUCACCAACAAAACGCCGCACCCUAUAUUCCUCCUAAGCUGGCUAUCCCCUCUCGAUCCUAAAGCCGUUGCAAUGGGUACGUUUUCAUUCAUCUCCACCAAGACAAACGAACCAGCGCCAUGCCUAGAUAUCAAACUCAACCGCAAGCCGCCCGCCUUCUUUGCCCCUAGCGACCAUUCCAUUAUUGAGUUGCCCGCGAAUGGCGAGAUAAAGAGAGCGGUGGUCGCAAAACAGCCAGAUGUGGCACUGACCAAGGGCGAGCGAUAUCGGGUCAAGACUGAAGGGCAUUGGAUGACCUUCUGGGUUCAAGAGGACGUGGCGACAGACAUGUCUCAACUGAAGAUGGAGGACGGGAAGAGUGGGGAAUAUGCGAGCAAUGAAAUCGAGAUUGACGUGCCAAAGGAUGCCGACGGAGAGUUGUAG